CAAGCUCUCAGACAAAAGACGCGGGCUUCGAAGGGCCUGUUGUUUCGUGUUUUAUUCGUUGCCAGAUAAAGAAUUUAGCUUUGCUAAAUAUCAAUUUUGCCUAUCAAAAUGAAUUACGAUGAUAAGCAUAGAAAAUUUUUGCAAUAUCUGAUGCAAGCCGGUGUGGUACUCGACAGCGAAGCAGCCGCAGUUGCCAUGCAAAUCUUUGCUGAAAGGAUUUCCUUGAAAACAAUUCGCAGCCAGAUCAAUGACAGAUUAAAUCCACUGGGGAUGGACAUAAAGGGAGGAGUGUGUGAAAUAUCUGGUGAAAAAUAUUGGAUGGUUGUAAGUACAACCCUCGAACCAUCAGUGAAGUUUCCACCAAUGUUCAAAGACCCGCAGAAUACAUACUUAAAGGCUAUAUUUACUGAAAUUAUCAGCUCGGAGGAUGGCAGUGUUUCAAGUACCGAUUGUUUGAAUCUUGUAGAUAAUCUACCAGACACAAAGUUACUGAAACGAGAUGCUGAUAUAUUCCUAAAAGAAAUGUACAAGAUGGGCUAUUUAUGCUACAGGGAAGGAUUUGUAUUUAUGGGAGUUAAAAGUAUAGUGGAACUACAGCCUUAUUUCAAAGCUACUUAUCAAGACAAUUUUUAUACUUGUCUUUUGUGUAAAGAUAUUCUAUUUCAUGGUCAAAAAUGUAAUAAUUGUGAAAAAAUAAUUCACUAUCAUUGUAUGACAAAAUAUGUGAGCCUCAGAAAAGUUCAAAAUUGUCCUAAUUGCAAUGAACCUAUGAAGGCAUUUGACGUACCAGCCGAAGCUUUAAAUGCCUCUACCCAUUCAUCUCAAGAGGAUGAUGAACCGAUGGAAGUCACAGAAGGAUCAAUUGAAGAAGCUCCCGAAGAAGCUCCUGAACAAGUUGCUGAAGAUACUGCUGAAGAAGCUCAGGAAGAAGCAUCUGAUUCUUCUCCAGAAAUAAGGAUGAAAAGGCGAUCGAAACGAAGUCGAAGAAUUUAGAAAAGAUUUUGGAACUUACAUUCUCACCAUUCAAGGAUACCAGGUAUAUAUUUCUCAAUGAGACUUUCAUAAUAAGGCCAGAGUUUCUCAAUAUCAGGGAUAUCAGCACUUUUUGU